CCAGGAGUGAUAUCAAACCUGGGUCCCUUUGAGACAGCAGUACUAAUCAUUGAUCCACUGUCCCUGUACUCCUGUCUCUAUGAAGGCUAACAUACCAUUUGCCUUCUUCACCAGCUUUUGCAUUCACAAGCUUACUUUCAGUGGUCUCAUUUCCCUUACAAUUUAAUUCUUCAUUACUAUAACCUUUGCACUCUCCCAUGCAGGAAAGCCAACCAUGAUGCAACAAAUUUGCCUGUUACUACUUUUCACUGAGAGGCCAUUCCCCUCCCCCACCCAGUAGUAUCCAAAGUGGCAUUUUCUAUUUUGCAGGGGACUCCUACACAGCCUACCUCGACCCCUUUCUCUGCCUGGUGUCAUCCAUUCUCUCCUUGCCUCUGCAGUCUUAGACCUUGAAGUGAUCACCUCUAUGUAUGUGCCAUCUACGAUUGUUUCAGCCACAUAGAUUUUCCAGAAUUUCCCAGCUACUGCUCCAGCUCCAAAAUUCAGGCUUCCAGGAGCUGCAGCUGGAGACACUUCCUGUAUACGUUCUGGCCCCAGGCACUGGAACUGUGCCCAACUUCGCACAUUAACUACUCUAGGGCCCAUAUUCUCUGAACCACCACACUAUAGCCCUUCCAAAUUAAUAACCCAAAAAAACUUGCAAACUUUAAGCAAUAAAAACAUGGUAUAAAUUCUCACCCAAACCUAUUCACUCAAUCAGCUGCUUCCUCUUAUCCCAAAUUACUUUUUGAUAUUAUUUUUCCCAGAAUGUUUCAGUGUGAUAAUGCUGCAGGGUGCACUUCCUAUUGGGCACAUGGGAACACCACCACUGCAAGAGUCCUCCAAGCCAUUUCUCAUCCUAGCUUGGAAAUAAAACAUUUCUGGGUUAAAAUCCCGGAACUCUCUCCCUAAUGUUAUAGGGUGUCAGCUUGCAGCACAUGGAGUACAGUGAUUCAGGCAGGCAGCUCAUCACUACCUUCUCAAGGAUAACUUAGGAGUGGGUAAUAAAUGCUGGCCCAACCAGCAACACACACAUCCUGCUAAUGGUUAGGACAGAAGAUAUAUUAGCCAGUCAAUAUUUGUAUCUCAACCCAACACAGGGCAACCUCGAUUAUCCGAAUGUCGAUCAUCCUAAUUUCGGAUUAUCUGAACAAGAUCUCAAGAUCCUGAUGCUUGGGUAAACUGUAUUAUUCAAACAUUUCAUUAUUCGAAUAUUUGAUUAUCUGAACAAAAUACUCCCCACCUGUGUCGUUCGGAUAAUCGAGGUUGCCUUGUACCACGAAAGAACAUUUGUUUGUGAUUUCUUGGUGAGCAUAUCAAACAUUGAUUCGAAUAUUCCUUUUAAUUUCAAACAGAAAGCCACAAUCCCAGCUCCCCUACACAUUCUGGACUCCAGACUCUCAUUCGAUCUCAGCAAACAGUGCAAACUGGUAGCACGGCUGUGAGUCCAACAUUUCAAAACAUCACAGGCCCUGUGAAUGUUACAGUGCAGACAGCCAGCAGCCAAAAUGGAAUUAUUGAUUGCGAUUGUGCCCACCUGUUAGAAUAUCUGUGUUUCCAGCCUGCAAUCUUAAUCAGCAGUCUCGUGAGGUAUAUCAAGAAAGCCGACGAAUGCGAAGAAACACUGUGGACAUUGCAGGAGUUAUUAGUAAUCAUAAGAAGAUGCUGAGGGAAAAAGUCCAGUACAUCACUGAAUACACAAGUAAGCCAGGUGAAAAGAUCUUGCUAACAGAGAAUUUCACCAACCUUUGGAUAACUGAAGGCGACUGCAACUCAAUUCCCCAAAGACAUGAGGUGAUGGAUAUUGAAGCUAUGUCCAAGCAGGAAAGGUCUGGUGCCCGUUCCAUCGACUACACGGAAAUAUUCGUCUGUUCGCUACAGCAAUCCCGGCCACCGAGGAUCACCUUAACCAAGGGAUUGGCGGGAAUUGGGAAAACUAUCUGUGUGCAUAAGUUUGCUUAUGAUUGGAGUAAUGGCUUGGUGGCCUUGGACUUUGACUUCCUGUUCAUGUUCCCAUUCCGGGAACUCAAUCUGCUGCCAGAAAGUAAACUCAGCAUCAGCCAGCUGGUCCAGAGGUACUACCCUCACACUGGGGACGCAUCAACCUUCUUAAAGGACACCAACAUCAAAUGUCUCUUCAUCUUUGAUGGCUUGGAUGAAAGUCGUCUCUGCUUGGAUUUCAAUAAAAGCCCCGAAUAUGCUGAUGUCGAGCACGUGAUGAAACUCCAUGUUCUCCUCGUGAAUUUAAUUAAAGGAACCCUGCUUUCCCAUGCCUCCGUUUGGAUAACGGCCCGCCCUGCAGCUGCCCGCCAAAUCCCAGCUGCUUACAUUGACAGACUGAUGGAAAUUCAAGGGUUUCGAGAUGAAGAGAAAGAGGAAUACUUUCGCAAAAAAUGCAAAGAAAAGGCGGAUAUGAUUUUGUCCAAUAUAAUGAGGCAACCCAGCCUUUUCACCAUGUGCUAUGUCCCAGCUUUCUGUUGGAUUCUGGCCACUGUCCUACUACAUGCCAUGAAAUCUUGCAGUGAGACUGACAUCCACCAACACACCCCCAGAACCAUCACUGAGGUCUACAGCAACUUCUUGAUUGUGAUGAUAAUGUACCACCAAGAUAAGCAGAGCCAUGGGGUAACUGAGAGGGAAAAGGUCAGUGACUUGCUGCAAGCCAAGCGCCCAGUCAUUCUGAACCUGGGAAGGUUGGCCUUCCACUGUCUGAAAGUCCAGAAGCUGGUCUUCCAUCAAAGGGACAUGGAGUCAUUUAGAGUAGACCUAUCUCUGCUAUGUGAUGGCUUUUGCAAAGAGAUCCUCCUCCAAGACGAGCCUAUCUUUCAGCACAAGGCUUAUGCCUUCAUACACCUGACAAUGCAGGAGUAUUUUGCUGCCCUGUAUGUUUUCCUUCAGCACCACAUGGGCCAGCACCCAAACCCACUGGCAAAGGGGCUGAUGACGAAGUUGCGAGGCCUAUUCUCCCGUCCCAGCUUUUCUGACGUUUGUAAAAGUGCAUGCAAGAAAGCAGUGUGGAGUCAAAGUGGGCACCUGGAUAUGUUUUUCCGCUUCCUCUGUGGCCUGUCAACAGAAAAGAACCUCCAACUUUUGCAGGGUCUGUCAAGCCAGGGGGUGAGUGGCGGCGAGGACGCCACACGGACUGCAGCCUACAUCAAGAGAACUUUACACAGGGACAUUCCUGCGGAACGAUGCCUGAACCUGUUCUAUUGCUUAAAUGAGCUGAACGAUGGCUGUAUAGUCGACAAACUGAAGCAAUCUCUAAGGGAAGGAGCUCUGGCGACUCGAGACCUGGAAGCGGCUGAAUACUCGGCCAUAGCGUUUGUGCUCCAAGCAUCGAACUCCGACAUGCAGGAGUUCAAUAUAGCAGAUUACAACCUGUCUGAUGAACUGCUCUGGAGGUUGCUGCCUGUUGCGAAACUAUUCAGAAAAGUGAAGUUAGUUAAUAAAGACAUAACAAAGCAUCUGAUGAACUUUCUCGGAGCUCUCCUGAUUCUAUCCAAAAGUCAAGUUCAGGAACUUUGGCUGGAAAAUACCGAAAUCAGUGAUGUGGCAAUGAAACAACUGUGUGUAGCCAUGAAGAAUUCUUGUUGCAGAUUGCAGUCAUUAAGUCUGUCAGGUACCGACUUCACUCAAAGGUCCUGGGAAGAGCUGACGAACGUUAUCAAGAAAAAACAGACGCUACUAACUUUGGAUUUAAGCUACACAUUUCCGGAUCAUUCUGCAAUAAGUUUAUUGGCUGCUGCUCUGAAGGACUCUGAGUGCAGACUACAAACAUUAAAACUGAUUAGCAAUGAUCUCGACUUUCAUUGCUGUGAGGAACUGGGAUCUGGGUUGUCAACAAAUCAGAGUCUAGUGGAGUUGAAUUUGAAUCGCAACCAACUGAAAGACGUGGAGAUGAUGGCACUGUGCAAUGCAUUGAAGGAGCCAGAAUGCAAACUCCAAAUACUGUAUCUUAAUCACAACCAGAUCAGCAGCGACUGUUGUGAGGUCUUGAGUUCUGUUCUCACCCAAAACAAAGCAUUGUUUCAUCUGAGCCUGACUCACAAUAAGCUUGGUAAUGCUGGAGUUAAAAUUCUGUGUCGUGCAUUGAAGAACAAUGUCUGCAAACUGCAAAAAUUGAGUUUGAAAUAUAACAACCUGACGUACGAUUGUUGUGAAGAAUUGGCUUUUGCUGUCAAAGAGAACUCAGAAUUACUGGACUUGGACAUCAGUGUAAAUAAAAUAACUGAUAUUGGUGUCAAACUCCUGUGUCAAAUAUCAACAAACCACAAAUCCAACAUGCAGUGUCUCAGGAUUUCCAUGAGUGAUCUUUCUGCAAAUUGUUGCCAGGCCCUUGCAUCCCUUCUGGUUGAGCUGAAAACAAUUAAAGAACUUCAUCUGGACUUCAAUGUGAUUGGAGAUUUGGGUGUGAAGUAUCUCUGCUGGGCCUUUAAAACACGUGAUAACGGAAUGGAAGCGUUAAGCCUGAAGAGAAAUUAUCUGACAGAUGAGUGCUGUGGGGACCUUGUUUCUGCCCUUUGUGUGAAGAAUACACUGAAGUUCCUGGACCUCUCCUUGAAUGGACUUACAGAUAACUCUCUGGAGCUCUUCCAACAUCUUGUAUUGAAAUGUGCUGAUUUGGAAGAGCUUGUGCAAGGAUGCCCUGAGGCAUGGUACAUUGACAAGACCGAGCAGAGGCUAUGGCAACGGAUGAAUAGACACCGCACAACAAUCAACAGACAGGAGUUCUCUCCCUGUUGGAGAAUGCUUCAGCGGUCUGGGACAUUUGACCUCGGACCUUCGGCUGACCAUGCUCCAGGUUUUGAGUCAGGCAACAAUGCAAAGUGGCCGAGCAGAGGCUGAAAAUCAAGUUCGCUACUAAUGGGGAUGGCCUCAACCGGGACCUUGGGUUCAUGGCACGUUACAGGUGACCCCACUGCACGACACGCAGACAUCUACCCUGCAUACACACACUCUCACAGACAGUCAUUACUCCACCCACACCCCACACACAAGGUCGUGGGGUGAAUUUUACUUGUGGAAUUUUAUGCAUGAGUCCAUGUAAGAUUCUGUAAAUCAUUUUAUUUUUUAAAAAUAGAAUUGGGCUGAACAUUGGGGCACAGACAGCUCACACCUUCUGUGUUUUUUCUGAGACUCCAUGGCACCUAUAGAGGAGCUGAAUAUCUUUAAAGAGAGAAAGACCCUGUGGAAAGCUGUAGCGUUGACGGAUUUAGGUGCUCUUUUGCAAAAUUGCAAAAAGCUAGCAUCCAAGUUCAGCAGGUAAUGGGGAAAGCAAAUGGAAUGGCGGCCUUUACUUCAAGGAAAAUGGAGUGUAAAAAUCUGUGCCCAGUUUUGGUCCCCUUUUGGAGGCAGUUCAGAGUGUCAUGAUUGUAACACUGUCAGCCAGCUGAACCUCAUGGAAUGAGUUCCCUGAUUGAACCAGAUUAACAGCCCCAAUCAUGGAGUCCUGGCUGACAGAUAAAAAUGGUGAGUGGCAAAGAUACUGAUACUCUGGUCCCUUAAUCUGUAUGAGGCA